GGCAGACCUGUUUGUGCUGCUCUACCGGGGGGCCCUGAUUUCACAGCCAGCCUCCGUCACCACUGCGUCAGCACUGAUGAGCUCAGCGUUAGUCGGAACGGAAGGGGGGGAGAGCUGGAGGUGGGAGAGAGACCAAGGAAACAAAGCUUAGAGGAAAAAAAGGGAGAGAGAGUAAGAGGGGUGUUGCCGCCUCUGAGACACACUCACGCAUCAAAGCGUAACAACGUUGGGAGGAGAGCAUCCAUCCAGGCAAUCCCUGGGAAAAAAGGUUGUUUUUUUAAUUAUUGAAGCCAAACACAGACUCUUUGUUAAUAUUAAACAUCAACAAAUCGAAAUAUUAGAGGAGAUACACUGCUUCUUGUCAUCAGGAGCUCAACGUGAACUGAAGAGGAAACAGACGCAUCCUUUCAGCACCUUGGACAGGGAUCAUGGCUCCUAUGUUGUCGGAUGGAACUCAGCCUGUGGCAGUGCCAGUAGGUGUUGCUGUGUUGAGUGUUUUUGGCCUCGUCUUCACUACAUCAGCCUUUGCCUGGAUCUGUUGCCAGCGCAAAAGCACAAAGUCCCAGAAGACUCCCCCUUACAAGUUUGUGCACAUGCUUAAAGGGGUUGACAUCUACCCAGAAAGCCUGAGUGGCAAGAAGAAGUUUGCUGGACCUGCCACCUCAGCAGCUAAUGACAGCAGUAAAACUGAUGUCAAUGGAAACUGCCAAACCACCCCAAUGAGUCCUUCAGGUGUCGCCAAAUUGGCUUUAAGUCCCAAUGGUUCCCGACAGGCUCUGCAUCUUGAUCUUGAAAAGCGUGAUCUGAAUGGCAACUUUACCACCAAACCUUUUCAUCACCACCACCAGACGGUGCGGAGCUCCCCAGAUUUGGAGCUGCCCUCCCCCCAUGCAGGCUUCACCCAACCUGGUGCAAUGGAGCGUCUUGACCUCUCCUCACCAUCUAGUACUCUCUCCAGCCAAGCCCCAACCCCAGCUGUUGACAGGCCUCAGGGAGAGAAGAAGGGAGGGGAGCUAGGAAUCCUCCACUUCUCCCUUGAGUACCAGGCAGAAAGGAAGGCAUUCAUUGUUCAUAUCAAGGAAGCCCAUGGCUUGACCCCAACUGAUGAGCAGUCCCUUACAUCUGACCCCUACAUCAAGCUGACGCUGCUGCCAGAGAAGAAGCACCGCGUAAAGACUAGAGUACUCCGAAAGACUCUAGAUCCCGCCUUUGAUGAGACCUUCAGUUUUUAUGGGAUCCCCCUGGCUCGAGUCUCUGAAUUGGCCCUUCACUUCAUGGUGCUGAGCUUUGACCGGUUCUCUCGUGAUGAGGUCAUCGGAGAGACCCUUGUGCCUUUGUCUGGGAUCGACUUAUCAGAGGGGCGUGUCCUAAUGAGCCGGGAGAUUAUCAAAAGGAACAUUAAGAAGUCUUCAGGGCAAGGGGAGUUGCUGCUGUCGCUGUGUUACCAGUCCACCACCAACACUCUGACUGUCGUUGUCCUCAAAGCCCGCCACCUACCCAAAACUGAAAACAAUGGACCUACAGAUCCAUAUGUCAAGGUCAACAUGUACCAUGGCAAGAAGCGCAUAUGUAAGAAGAAAACCCACGUGAAGAAGUCCUCCCCCAAUCCAGUCUUCAAUGAGCUCUUUGUCUUUGAUUUGCCCUCAGAAGACGGGCUGAGGGACACCUGUGUAGAGCUGCUGCUGAUGGACUCAGACAAUGCAAACUCACGCAGCACCAACACUGUAAUUGGGCGCCUGAUGCUGGGCACAUCUGCCGCCGGCACUGCCGGUGAGCACUGGAGAGAGAUCUGUGACCACCCACGUCGUCAAAUUGCAAAAUGGCAUGCCAUGUUGGAAGAUUAAAAAAAAAAGUUGGAAUGAUUCUGCCAUCCAGAUUUGAACUGGUGCAACACUGAGUAGGCCUGAAAUGAGGAUUGGCAGUGUACGGUUUCCUGCUGGCCAAUAUCCAUUGAACUUUUUGAAGUGGGUGGGGAUGGGUGACAAAAUAGGAAUGGACUUUGAUGUCAUAGUUCAGUCACUCUGUUAUAAAUUCACUCAUUUUUAAAGUUACUGGGGUUCAGGUGGAAGGUAGAGUGUGAUGAAGGCAACCCUGUAGCUUUAAAUUAUCCCAAAGACUGCCACUGAGAAUAUCUUGGUAACAUCCAAAAUCAUCUCCAUGGCAACAUCCAUUCGUCACUGUAAAUGUGUGCUGUGCAGAAUGUCUUAAGUGUUGCUAUGACUCUUUCCUUUCCUCGCCUCCUUCCUCUUCUAUUUCUGCCUCUGUAGAUAGUAACCUAGAACCAUUGUAGGAAAACCAGAUUCAGUCACAUCUGACAACACUGUAAAAAAUAUGGAUUAUUACAAUUUAUUUUAUAAUGACAACAUUUUAUUCUAAAAACUGUAGGAUGUUUUUAUUAAUUGUUUUGAUUUCAGUUACUCUCAUUAUUUUUGGUAAAACCUUGUUUUAUAAGUAGAAGUGGUAACAUUGCUUAACUAUCCUAAAUGAGGGGGUCUGAGAGUAGACUGGAGUGGAAUGCACUGGGGACAGAAAUGUUGGAUGCAUUUAUUCAUGUGAGUGUGUGUUUGUCUUUGGGGGAGAUUGUGUUAAACUUGUUAGAGACAUGCGAGUGUGUGGAUGUGAGCCACAUAAUGUUUACUGUUGGUGUUUUGUCCCCAUUACUGUGAGCACAAAGAAGGAGGUGAACUGUAAAUGUCUGUAACUUACUAUAAAAUAAGGCAAGACUAACAAG